AUGAGCUUUAUCAAGCAGUCUUUUACUGCCACGCUAGCAAGUUGUUUGAAUUCUAGUUGAAGGGAGUUUAGGGGGAAUGGAGAGGCGAUUCCAACAGUUACUACAGGGAAUGCAAUAUCGGGUCCCCUACAAUGCUUACUUAGGCUAAUGGAGGUCCUGUCAUUCAGUUCCAGCUGCGCUGGGAUACAGGGUAAACAUUCCCCGGUGACCCUCUGCGUGCAGGUCCCCUCUUCAGGACAUCAUUAAAAGCAUACAUGCACUUGCCUGACAUCAAUUGUCAGGCUGGCUCUCAGGGUUCAGAGAUCCCGACAGAAAGCAGGAAAACAAGCCCAGUGGAGACCCGGCUCUGCGGCUGUGGGUUUUAAAGAGGCUGAAAAUCGUUUGGUUGCGGGUGUGUAAGAAGAGACAAAAGUGCUCAGCAGGUAAGAGAGGAGGGUUUUGCCAAGAAGGAACUGUCCUUGAUCGCUGUGACAGGAUUGACUCGCUGGGGACUCCUCUCUCGGGAGCAUCCACGCGUCCCCGAGGGGUCUGCCUGUCUCCUCUCAUCAGCAUCACGGCGAGAAAUUUUACAGCCGCUCUUUCUAGUCCUGCUAAUCCUGUUAUCCGGGGGGUUAUAAAUAUUAACGCCGCUGGGGAUGGGGGACCAGAUUAAGCCCUCUCUGAAGUAAGAUGUCAGCCAGUUUCUUCCCAGCCCACCAGCGCCCGGAGCUGCUGGAUGAUCUGCACGGCAGAAACCCAAAAGUGCCCUGCCCGGAGGGGCUGCUGGGCCCCUCGGUGUUGGAUUUCGUGGCCGACCUCUCCCUGGGCGACCCCCAGGUCGUUCCCCGGGCCGGGACGAGCCUGGGUUUCUGCGAGAUCACCUCCGGGCCUCCCUUGCGGGACAGAGCUCUGUCGCUUCGGGAGGGGAUGGUGCGCGGGCUACCCCUGGCUGCCUUCGGAGAUGGAGGUCCCGAAGACGAAGAAGAGGAGGAGGAGAGGAUGCGCAGCGCUUCCCUUCUCGACAGACCCAGGAGAAAGAGAGUUAUCACCUAUGCGCAGCGUCAGGCUGCCAACAUACGGGAGAGGAAGAGGAUGUUCAACCUCAACGAGGCGUUUGAUCAGCUGAGGAAGAAGGUGCCCACCUUCGCCUACGAGAAGAGGCUCUCUCGGAUAGAGACAUUGCGCCUGGCCAUAGUGUACAUCUCCUUCAUGACUGAGCUCCUGGACGGUUGCAGCAGGCAGGAGGCGAGCUAGGCAGAGCCGGGAAGCGGCGUGAUGGGGCUGAGGGCCGAGCACCACCCACGGCAUUGAGCAGAUGGCCCUGGGUGCCUCCCUGCUUGAGAUGCAGAGCCGUGGCUCCUGCCUUGGCUUCUCAACACCGCAGCCAGGACCGUGUAGGUGUGUGAUGUAAAACGAGGAGUGUUUAAGGAAACGUGCGUUGGGGGCGGGGGGAGGAGUGCGGGAGAAAUGAGGUGGAGAGUGUCAGUAUGCGUAGAUUUGCUAAUAUAUAUAAUUUUGUAAAGGAAAAGAAAAAAAAAAAGUUCUGAGACCCUUUGGUUUGUGUUGCGUCGCCUGCUUACUUUAAAAUUUUUGCAAUUUGUUGCUUUCGGGAAAGGCUCACUGGGGCAACAGAGCCGUUCCAGUUUGCAGAAUGGAUUUCCAGCGGAUUCAGUUGUCUGCCCAGCUGCCUGCCGGUGACGAGGAAAAUCUCGGCGUUUGCAUUUUAA